GUCCACAAAUGUGUAGCGCUUUCUUUAUGUCGUAGUACAUUUGCAGUUCCAGGAAUAAGUAAAUCAAGUCGCCGCCUGUUGCGUUUGUUUGUGUGCUUAUGUGUAUGUGUUUGAGUGUGACUGUAUGCCACAGCUGAGCCUCUCCGAAUUGUUUAUAAUUUUUAAUGCUUCUGACUGGCAGAACAGUAUGCAAAUGCUCAACAAGCCGGUCGCGUCGUCGUUGUCACCCGUUGUCGUGUUGAGCGUGCGCGCCGCGUAAAUCGAAAGUGAUUUGUUGUUAUAAGUUUCGUUAAAGAUUUUGUUGUUGUCGGUCAUUGCUUCAAUUGCUCAAUCAACGGCAGCACUUGUGACUCUCUUUCGGUGUCGCAAUGUUGAGCGGCAAAAUGCAUCGCAGCUCACAUGGCAGCAUCAAGUCAUCGUCGUCACUGCGCUCCAGCAGUAAAUCCUAUCAGGCCAAAAUGGACAAAAUGGCUGAGCGUCUGUAUGACAUUGUGAAAAGUGGCUCUAUGGUAAAACGGGCCCAAAACAAGAAACGCUUCACCCCCGUCAACUACAAACAUCGCUGGUUUGAGCUCACCAAGCGCACACUCUGCUAUUAUGAUGUGGAAAAUGUUGAGCGACGUCGUGAACGUGGCCGCAUAAAUCUGAAAGGUGUUCGCCUUGUGGAGGAGGCAACAGUCAACGGCGAGGGCGGCGAUCCCUUUGCCCCGGAUGGUUACCCAUUUCAAGUGGGCUACUGCGAGACGACGUCGACGACAGCCGCACAGCAACAGCAACAGCAGCAGCAGCUGCAUCUAUUGGCGGGCAACGGCGGUGAGGGGCAUCUGGUGGGACGAGCGGUGCCACAGUACACGCUCUACGUGAUAGCCAACAGCGAGAAGGAGCGAAGCGAGUGGAUACGCGCCAUACGACAAGUGUGCGAGGACAGUAAUACGCCAAAAUCGUAUCGUUAUCAUCCCGGUCUCUGGUCCGGCAAGAAGUGGAGCUGCUGCAAGGGAUUAGCUCGUGGCACCUUUGGAUGUCACGCCGCAACUCAUUGGCGUGAGGCCAACAAUAAUCCAAGCAACGGCAGUUCUCCAGCCCAGAAUUCGACACGCAGCAUCAGCCCGAACAACUCGACGACCAACAGUCAAUUCAGUUUACAGCACAACAGCUCCGGCAGCCUAGGCGGCGGUGGAGGUGGCAGUGGUGGAGGCUUAGGCAGUCCCAACAGCCUAGGAGGCGGCGGCAGUUGCACGCCCACAUCGCUGCAGCCACAGUCCUCGCUGACAACGUUCAAGCAGUCACCCACUUUACUUAACGGCAACGGGGCUCUAUUGGAUGCCAACAUGCCCGGGGGAAUACCAACGCCUGGUACGCCCAACUCCAAAGCCAAGGACAACUCUCAUUUUGUCAAACUUGUGGUGGCUCUUUAUCCCUUUAAAGCCAUCGAAGGCGGCGAUUUAUCGCUAGAGAAGAAUGCUGAGUAUGAGGUAAUUGACGACUCACAGGAGCAUUGGUGGAAGGUUAAGGAUGCACUCGGCAAUGUCGGCUAUAUACCCAGUAAUUAUGUAAAACCCAAAGCGUUGCUGGGUCUCGAACGUUAUGAAUGGUACGUGGGCGACAUGUCUCGACAACGCGCCGAGUCCUUGCUCAAACAGGGCGACAAGGAGGGAUGCUUUGUGGUGCGCAAGUCAUCGACCAAGGGUCUCUAUACGCUAUCGCUGCAUACCAAAGUUCCCCAAUCGCAUGUAAAACACUAUCACAUCAAACAGAACGCCCGCGGCGAGUAUUAUCUUAGUGAAAAGCAUUGCUGCGAGACAAUCCCGGAUCUGAUUAACUAUCAUCGCCAUAAUUCGGGCGGACUGGCGUGCAGAUUGAAGUCAUCACCAUGUGAUCGUCCUGUGCCACCAACAGCGGGCUUGUCGCAUGACAAGUGGGAAAUCCAUCCCAUGGAGCUGAUGCUGAUGGAGGAACUGGGCUCGGGUCAGUUCGGUGUGGUGCGUCGCGGCAAAUGGCGUGGUUCAAUUGACACGGCCGUCAAGAUGAUGAAGGAGGGCACCAUGUCCGAGGACGAUUUUAUUGAGGAGGCCAAAGUGAUGACAAAACUACAGCAUCCAAAUUUGGUUCAGCUAUAUGGUGUUUGCUCCAAGCAUCGUCCCAUUUACAUUGUCACCGAAUACAUGAAGCACGGCUCGCUGCUCAACUAUUUGCGCCGGCACGAGAAUACACUAAUCGGCAACAUGGGUCUGCUCCUGGACAUGUGCAUACAGGUUAGCAAGGGCAUGGCAUAUCUGGAGCGUCACAACUACAUUCAUCGCGAUCUGGCGGCACGCAAUUGUCUUGUCGGCUCCGAGAAUGUUGUCAAGGUGGCCGACUUUGGUUUGGCACGUUAUGUGCUCGAUGAUCAAUACACAAGCUCCGGCGGCACCAAGUUCCCCAUCAAAUGGGCUCCACCGGAGGUGCUUAACUACACGCGAUUCUCCUCAAAAAGCGAUGUGUGGGCAUAUGGUGUGCUCAUGUGGGAGAUCUUCACCUGUGGCAAAAUGCCCUAUGGCCGCCUAAAGAACACCGAAGUCGUCGAGCGUGUGCAACGCGGCAUUAUACUAGAGAAACCAAAAUCGUGUGCCAAGGAGAUAUACGAUGUCAUGAAAAAGUGCUGGUCGCAUGGACCUGAAGAGCGUCCAUCGUUCCGGGUGCUCAAAGAGCAGCUGGCACUUGUGGCCCAAACGCUAACCGACUAAGCGGAUCAUGAAGCAACGGAUCGUCUGGAUCACGCACUGAUUAGCACACAGCAUAAACAUAAACAUUAAACAUUAACAUUAACAAGAAACAACAAAAAAAAAACAUUUUAAUAUUAAGUAAAGAGCUAAAGUUAAUGAUAUGAAUAGGUUGGAUGACAUUAAGUUUAGUUAGAGAGCAGCGCGUCUGGAGUUAUGAUCGGAUCGUACAUAGAUUUGUAAUAUGUAUGUGAACGAAGAUUAUAGUUCAGUUAAUGAUUAUUUACUUAAA